AUGGUUUUCCCUUGCUCGUUCCCCGAACCGACGAUUCCCGAAGAGAACCCAUCAACAUCCAUUGCAGAAACGCCGAAAGAUGGUGUCACUGUGCUCCCGAAGGUGGAGGAAGAUGAACCGCAUUCACCACAACACCCGCCAUCUACGGCAGAAACAGUCAAAGGGGUACCUGCACCACCGCUGAAAACUGCUGUAGAGCAUCAGGGGUCUCCGGAAUCACCAUCAACGACCUCAACAUCUAAUGCAUAA